CUUAUUCUUCUUAUUUUUUGUAAUCUUUACAUGAAGUUGUGGAGAAUUUACCCCACACCUUCAGAAAAUGUUGGUUGAUGUUCCUUUUGUAACCUUAUUUUGCGAUCUGAUUAUUAUUUUAAAGCCUUUUUUAAUGUCCUUAGUGAUUAAUGGUUCUGUAAAAAAAAAAACUUUGAGAAUAGUCACAUAUUUUAAACCUAGGUGUUUCUAAUUACUAGAUUUUAUUGAAUUUUUAAGAAAGGCAGAAGGAAACAGAUCAUUCAUCUGCUAGUUCACUCCCAAAAUGACUGCACCAGCAUGAUCUGGGUCAGACCAAAGCCAGGAGCCGGAACUCCAUUCUAGUCCCCCAUGCACUUUAGCAAAGAGCUGGAUGGGAAGCAGAGUAGCUGUGACGCCCAACUAACACUCCAGUACAGGAUGCCAGUGUCUUAAGCAGUCUUAACCUGCUACACCAGAAAGCUGGCCCCUGAAAGAUGUAAAUCUUCAUCUGACCAUUUAAAAAUGAACUUUUGUUCUAAGAUUUAUUUAUUUAUUUGAGAGGCAGAGUUAAAGACAGACAGAAAGGCCUUCCAACCACUAGUUCCCUCCCCAGAUGAGUACAACAACUGGAGCUAGGCCAAUCUGAAGCCAGGAACCAGGAGUUUCUGGGACCUACAUGGGUACAGGGGCCCAAGCCCUUGAGCCAUCUUCCACUGCUUUCCCAGGUUAUAGUAGAGAGCUGGAUCAGAAGAGGAGCAGCCAGGACUUGAACCAGCGCCCAUAUGGGAUGCUGGCACUGAAAGUUGGGGCUUUAACCUGCUAUGCCACAGCGCUGACCCCUGAACAUUUUUUCAACAGGGACACUUUUCCAAAAGGGAAUUGUAAAUAAUAUCAUUAGUGAAUGAUGAUGCCAUUAAGGAACAUUAUUUAUAUGAUAGAUUAUAUAUUAGUAUUACUUACAUAUUAGUAUAUAUAUAUGUUCUUUAUAUUGAGUAAAGUAUUAACACUCACCUGUGAGAGAUGCUCAUGUAUAGCAACUAUAUGGACUUAGUGCUUUGUUUGUUUAAAGAUUUAUUUUACUUAUUUGAAAGGCAGAGUUGCAGUCCACUGGUUCACUCCUAAAUGACUACAACAGCCAAGGCUAAGCCAGAACAAAGUCAGGACCCUGGAACUCCAUCCGAGUCUCCCACGUGGGUGACAGGAGCCCAAGCACUUGAGCCAUUUUCCACUGCUUUCCCAGGCACAUUAGCAGGGAGUUGGAUCAGAAGUAGAGCAGCAAGGACUCAAACUGGGGCUUGUAUGGGAUGCUGGUAUCACAUGUGGCAGCCUAAUGCGGCUCCCCGUUGCUAGUGCCUGUGCUUUGUUUGUUCUAACAGUGUUUUCAAAGCAUUAAACUGUAAUGAAAAUAUGACAGGCCUACUGAAGUAGAGGGCAAAAGCCUUUGAGUGCAAGAGCUAGACACACUUAGAUCAACUCAGUGUUAUUUUAUUUUUAUUUAUUUGGGACACAGAGAAUGCUUAUCAGCUGGUUGACUACUGAAAUGCCCACAAUGACCAGGGCUGAGGCUAAAAACUUGGAUAACCAUCUGGUUCUCCCAUGUGGGUGGCAUGAACUUCAUUCCCUGAGCCAUCAGUCCUGCCUCCCAGGGUCUGCAUUAGGAGGAAGUCAGAGUCAGGAGUCGGAACUGGAUAUCUAAUCCAAAUACUACAAUAUGAGUUGCAAGCAUUAUAAUAGCAUCUUGACUUUAAAUCUUAAGCUCUAGCCCUUAAUCUUUUUAAUUCUAUUCCAAAAAAUCAUAUUUUAAUUAGAACUAUUAAGAAAACUUAGUUUAAUUCUUAAACUGUUUUGUAUUUAUUAUAAAACAGAGCAAAUAUAUUGAUGUUGGGAAACAGUGUUCUUAUUGUGGAGAAAGAAGGUACAUAUAAUGGAAGGUGAAAGUUGAGAAAGAACCUUACAGUAUUGAAUAUAAACAGAUAUGUCUUUGAACUCAUUUCUUAAGAAACUAGUUAUUUCCUUGCUCUCGUCCUAGGAAGAACCAAGAAUCAGUGGUACCCAAAGGCAAGGAACAGAUGUAGACCUAGUUCUCAGUUUCUAAAUACUAUUUCUGAUUGAAAGGAAACAGGGGCUCUUGAAAAAAGAUGGAAAAAAAGAAAAAUGCCUGAUAAUAUGUAAAAGGAGUGGUGGAUGGUGGGAAGGCAGAUGUUGUGGCACAGCAGGUUAAGCCAUUUGGGAUGCCUGCAUUCCAUAUCAGUGCCUGGAAUGGAGUCCUGGGUCUGCUUCUGAUCCACCUUCCUGUUCGUGCACCUAGGAGGCAGCAGGUGGUGGCUCAAGUACUGAGUCUCCGCCAACCAUAUGGGAGACCCUAAUGCAGUUCUUGGCUACUGGCUCAACCCCAGCCAUUGCAGGUAUUUGGGGAUUGAACCGGCAGAUGAAAGCUCUCCCUGUGUCUGUGUAUGUCACUCUGCCUUUCAAAUGAAUGAACAAACAUUUUUUUAAAAAACCUAUUCUGAGAUAUCAUAAAAAAUUAUCUAUCAGGACCAGCACUGUGGCAUAGCAGGUAAAGCCACUGCCUGCAGUGCUGGCAUUUCAUUUGGGUACCCGUUCGAGUCCUGGCUGCUCCACUUCUGAUCCAGCUCUCUGCUAUGGCCUGGGAAAGCAAUAGAAGAUGGCCCAAGUCAUUGGGCCUCUGCACCCAUGCAGGAGACCCAGAAAAAACUCCUGGUUUCAGAUCGGCCCAGCUGCAGCCGUUGCAGCCACUUGGGGAAUGAACCAGCGGAUGGAAGACCUCUCUUUGUCUCUCUCUGUGUCUGCCUCUGUAACUCUGUCUUUCAAAUAAAUAAAUAAAUCUUAUAAAAAAUUAUCAUCUCAUAACUUACUUAUCAGUUACAUGAGGGGCAGUAAAUGUGCCUGUUUUAGUAACAGAAAGAUCUAAUCAAAAGUUGAGCAUUGCUGUAGUUGAUAUCUGUUUGUGAUGAUUAGGAGGAUGUGUAUCAUCUUUGUGGUAUGUGGACUAAGUGCAGAGUCUGAUUCUGAAAAGGUGUGUGUGUGUACAGAAGAUGGCAUGUCUUGCAAAACAAAAAGAAUCAAUGUUACAUAGAACAGAGAGGCAAUAGAACUUUUCUGGGCUGGGGAAAACAGGUGAGAAGGCAUUCAGAUGUAAUAUGAGGUCAGAUCAUGGAUUUAGAAACUUUGAGUAUGGACUACUGUAGUUAGAUGGUAUAUUUACUUCUGAUUUUCUUAAUUGUGUGGUAGUUAACUAUACAGAAGAAUGGGGGAGAUAGUUUGGAAGGAUUUAAGGGUAAAUGAUCCAAUUGUUACAGCUUAUCUGGCAAGAGAAGUUAUACAUCAAAGUAUAAAGAGAUGGAGUAGAUGCAGCAAAAUGUUAGCAGCGGGACCAGCACAGUAGCUCUGCAGGUUGAGCCACGACCUGCAGUGCUGGCAUCCCAUAUGGGCGCCCAUUCGAUUCCCAGCUGCUCCACUUCUGAUCCCACUCUCUGCUGUGGCCUGGGAAAGCAGUAGAAAAUGGCCCAAGUCCUUGGGCCCCUGCAGUCACCUGGAGACCCAGAAGAAGCUCCAACCAUUGUGGCCAUCUGGGGAGUAAAUCAGUGGAUGGAAGACCUCUGUCUCUCUGCCUCUGCCUCUCUGCAACUCUGCCUUUCAAAUAAAUAAAUAGAUCUUUAAAAAAAAAAAAAAAAAGUAUGUGGGAGGACAUGUGUUCAGUACUUGUGAAUAGUAUGCGCCCCCAACUUUUUUUUUUGACAGGCAGAGUUAGACAGUGGGAGAGAGAGAAAAGUUGGUUCACCCCCCAAAUGGCUGCUAAGCUGGCGUGCUGCGCCAAUCCGAAGCCAGGAGCCAGGUACUUCUCCUGGUCUCCCAUGCGGGUGCAGGGCCCAAGCACUUGGCCAUCCUACACUGCCUUCCCGGGCCACAGCAGAGAGCUGGACUGGGAAGAGGAGCAACCAGGACAGAAUCCGGCGCCCCAACCGGGACUAGAACCUGGGGUGCCGGCGCUGCAGGUGGAGGAUUAGCCAAGUGAGCCACAGCACCGGCCGGCUCCCUCCCCGCCCCUUUUAAAAAGAUUUAUUUAUUUGAAAGUCACACAGAGAGAGGAAGAGGGGGAAAGAGAAUCUUUAUCUGCUAGUUCACUCCCUAAAUGGCUGCCACAGUUAGAGCCAGGCCAGGCCAAAGCCAGGAGUCAGGAGCUUUUGCCGGGUUUCCCACAUGAGUACAAGGGCCCAAGCACUUGGGCCAUUUUCCACUGCUUUCCCAGGCACAAAAGCUGGAACCAGCACCCUUAAAAGAUGCGAGCGUUGCAGGUAGUGGCUUUACAUUGCCACGCCACAACACCAGGUGCUCAAGCAGUGACUUAAACCACUGCACCAAAUGCUUGCCCUUGGUUUCUGGUGUUUGGAUUUAAAAGGGAGUUUAAACAAAUCAGAAUUACAUUACUGCUAUUUAAUGGGAAAGUUUUUUUCUACUUUCCAUAUACAGGUGUUCCCAACGAAUGAUAGGGUUACACCCCCAUAAACCCAUGGGGGUUUUUUGUUUGUUUGUUUUUCUUUUUUUAAGAUAGUUACAGGCAGAGGGAGAGAAAGUGAGAAAGGUCUUCCAUAUGGGCAUGGGAGCCACAGGCGGUGGCUUAGCUUACUAUGCCACAGCUCUGGCCCAUAGCUGUUUCUUUAUAAGUCAUUACAGUAGUUUUACUAGCUUGUAUGCGAAGUCUCAUCCUCUUAUCAGCAAAACGGAUAAAUGUUGACUGAAAGGACAGAGAAAUGGGUGCAUUUUAACUUGUUAAAUAGGCAAACCAGGGGCUGGUGUUGUAGUGCAAUGAGUUAGAGUAAGCCACCACUUGCAAGACCGGCAUUAUCCAUGCUAGUUCGAAUCCCAGCUACCCCACUUCCAAUCCAGCUCCCUGCAAGUGCACCUGGGAAAGUAGCAGAUGUCCCAAGUGUUUGAGCCUUUGCCACACAUGUGGAAGACCUGGAUGGAGUUUCUGGCUCCUGUCUUUGACCUACCUGGUCCAGUCCUGGCUGUUGAAGCCAUUUGGGGACUGAACCAGUGGAUGGAAGAACAAUCUUGUCUCUGUCUCUCUUUCUCUCUCACUUACUCUCUCACUCUACCUUUCAAACAAAUAAAAUAAAUCUUAAAAUAAGUAAACAAAAUUGGAUGGUGAUUCUCUUGGGUCUCCAGUGUUUGUACAGAUUAAUUUUUAAUAUACUAAGUUUAAUAAGAACUUAGAAGAUAUACUUAAGAAGUUUACAGUUACCAUAAAAACAGGAGGAUAUGUCAUACAUUUUGCAUGCAAGAUUGAGAAUUGUUAACUAUUUUGGAAAAUGAUAAAGGAACUAAAUCUUAUAGUUAAAAGGUGGAGAUGGACAGGCUGGAUUUUUUUAAAGGCCCACUAUAUAAUUGUAAAAGAUGCAUUGAAAGAAUAGGGAAAAAAAUCACACAAACAACAAUAACAAGAAAAUUUGUGCAUAUAUAAUAAUCUUGGUCAAGCAGCUUAAAUAUCAAGAUCGGGUCAGCGCUGUGACGUGACAUAAAGCUGCAGCCUGUAGUACUAGCAUCCCAUAUGGGUGCCAGUUCUAGUUCUGGCUGCUUCAUUUUCAAUCCAGCUCCCUGCUAUGGCCUGGGAAAGCAGUAGAAGCUGGCCCAAGUCCUUGAGCCCCUGCACCCACAUGGAAGAAGCUCCUGGCUUAAGAUCGUCCCAGCUCCAGCCAUUGCAGCCAUCUGGGGAGUGAACCAGUAGAUGGAAGACUUCUCUUUCUCUCUCUGCCUCUGCCUCUCUGUAACUGUGCCUUUCAAAUAAAUAAAUAAAUCUUUAAAAAAAAAUACUAUCAGCGAUAAAAGAGUAAUUUUUUAAUUUGUUUUAUUUAUUUGAAAGAGUUAGAGAGGUAGAACAGAAAGAAAGGUCUUCCAUUGGCUGGUUCACUCCCCAAAUGACUGCAAUGGACAGAGCUGAGCUGCUCCAAAGCCAGGAGCCAGGAGUUUCUUCUGGGUCUCCCACCCAGGUACAGGGGCCCAAGGACUUGGCCCAUCUUCUGCUUCCCCAGGCCAUAGCCGAGAGUUAGAUCAGAAGAGGAGCAGCCAGGACUUGAACUGGUACCCAUAUGGGAUGCAGGCACUGCAGGAUGGGGCUUUAACCCACUAUGCCACAGCACCGGCCCCAGGAGAGAUUCUUAAAGAUUUAUUUAUUUGAGAGACAGAAGGAGACGGAGAGAAAUCUUCCAACCGAAAUGGCCUCAUUGGCUGGAGCAAUGAUGAGGAAAUAAAGUUUCCAUGUUCCUAUAUCUGUUAAUGAAGUUGAAACUGUAAUUUUAAAUCUCUUACAAAGAAAAUUCUAGAGCAUUUUAUUUACUGAUAUAUUCUACCAUAUAUUUAGAGAAUAAUUUAAAAAAAAAAGAUUUAUUUAUUUGAAAGGCAGAAUUGCAGAGAGGGAGGUCUUAAUCCUGUGGUUCACUCCCCAAAUGACUGCAAAGGCCAGAACUGAGCUGAUCCAAAGCCAGGAGUGUCCUCUGGGUUUCCCAUACAGAUGCAGGGGCCCAAGCACUUGGGCCAUCUUCUACUGCUUUCCCAGGCCAUAGCAGAGAGCUGGAUCAGAAGUAGAGCAUCUGGGACUUGAACCAUUGCCCAUAUGGGAUGCUGGCCCUGCAGGCAGUGGCUUUACCUGCUACACCACAACACUGGUCCCAGAAAUAAUUAACUACUUGAGAGGCAGAAUCCUCUGAUUUACUCCCAAAAUUCCUGCAGUAUUAAGGGCUGGGCCCUGCCAAAGCUGGGAGCCGGGAACUCAAUCGAUGUCUUGCAUGUGGAUGGCAAGAAUCCAAUUAUUUGAGCCGUUAACUGCUGCCUGCCAGGGUCUUAGUCACUGGGAAACUGAAAUCAGAAGUCAGAAUCAGGUUAUUAAACCCAGGUACUCUGAUACGGGACAGGGUGUCUUGACCAGUGUCUUAACCACUAGGCCAAACACCAACCCCAGAAAUAAUUUUCACUCUUCUUGGACAGUCUCUUUCAGAGAAUUGAGGAAAAAUGAAUAUUUACUAAUCAAAUAACCAAGACUAGAUAGCUGAGAUACCAAACUGAUAAGAUCAUUGCAAGGAAAAAAAUUGCCAUGUUCCUUGAGCAUAAUUGUAAAAAUCCUCAACAAAAUUUUGACAGUGAAUCUAGCAAUUCCAAAGGAUAGCACAUAAUGAAGUGAGAUCUAUCUGAACACUACAAAGUUUUAAUAUUUGAAAGUUGUUAGUAACUUACCACACUGGCAGAAUAAAGAAGAAAAACUGCAGUCAUCUCAUAUAUUAAAUGAAUAUUUAAUAAAACAUAGUACCCAUUUAUCCACAGAUAAGAAAUGGAAGGGAAUUUCCUAAAUUUGAUCAGUGAAAUAAAUGAAAAAGCGUUAACAUAAAAUAGUGAUUUAAUGAACUUUUUCCCCUAAAGUCAGAAAUAAAGCUAAGGCAUAAUUACUUUUUAUUGUUUCUACUUAAUGCUUGGGGAUCUUAGCCAGUUCAGUAGGUAAGAAGAGGCAUAAAUAUUGGGGGGCUGGCACUGUGGCGUAGCAGGUAAAGUCACUGCCUGCAGUGCUGGCAUCCCAUAGGGGCACCAGUUCAAGUCCCGGCUGCUCCACUUCUGAUCCCGCUGUCUGCUAUGGCCUGGGAAAACAGUAGAAGAUGACCCAAGUCCUUGGGCCCCUGCACCCAUGAGGGAGACCCGGAAGAAGCCCCUGGCUCCUGGCUUUGGAUUGGCGCAGCUCUGGCUGUUGAGGCCAAUUGGGGAGUGGACAAGUAUUUUUAUGUAAAGGUGACAUGAUUGAGUGUACUGAAUAUACAAAGGAAUAUUGAAUAUGACCACUAGAAUAAAUUUGUGAAUUAAACAUGAUAAGUGAAUAGAUACAUGGUAAAUACGUAAGAUCAACUAUAUUUUUGUAUUUUAGAUAAACAGCUGGCAAGCUGGCCUAUAAACCAAAUCCAGCCAGCCUCCUUUUGGUGAAUGAAAUUUGUUUGGAACACAGCUACACCUAUUUAUUUACAUGUAUCUGUGGAGGCUUUUGUACUACAAGGGCAGAGUAGAGCAGGCGGUGCUGAGCUCAUAUGACUUACAAGGCUUAAAAUAUUUUACAUACCAUCUGGCCACUUAUUGAAAAGUUGGUUGACAUCUGAUUUAGAACAGAUCAUUGGGAAGUGAAAUGUGUAACGUAAUACUGUAUAUAGUAGCAUCAACAAACAUCAAACACUCAAAAAUAAAUAUAACAAAUAUUUUUGAAGCCUCUACAACAGUAGUUCUUAAUGGAUGGAGUUAAUUUUACUCUCCUCAGGGAACAUUUGGCAAUGAAGUAUAUGGAGAUUUUUUUUUUCAAGAUUAAUUUAUUUAUUAUUUGAAAGGCAGAGUUAGAGGCAGAGAGAAAAAUGUCUUUCAUCCACUGGUUCACUCCCCAAAUGGCCGCAACAGCCAGAGUUGGGCCAAUCCAAAGCUAGGAGCCAGGAGCUGCUUCCGGGUCUCCCACACGGGUACAGGGGCCCAAAGACUUGGGCCAUCCUCUGCUGCUUUCCCGGGCUAUAGCAGAGGGGUGGAUUGGAAGUGGAGUAGCUGAGACUUGAACUGGUGCCCAUGUGGGAUGCCAGCAUUGCAGGCAGUGGCUUUAUCCACUACACCACAACGCCAGCCCUUACAGAUAUUUUUGAUAGCCAUAACUAGAGAAUACUACUUGUAUCCUGUAAGCUGAAGCCAGGGAUACUAGGAUAACACCUUCCCCGCCCCACCAAAAAACAAGCAAGCAAACAAAUACUUAGAAUGAUCUGGUCCAAAAUGUCAGUAGUGCCAAAGUUGAGAAAAUCUGGCUCCACAAAAAACUUUAGGAACACUACUGAGAUUAAAAAUCUAAAUAAAUGGAGGGUUAACCUGUGCUAAUGAGUAUAUAUUUCAGCUGGUAUCUUCCCCAAACCUGAUUUACAAAUUCAGAAUAAUUCUAGUCAAAAUCCCAGUAGACAUUUUUAAAAAUAGACAUUGACAUGCUAAUUCUAAAAUUUAUAUGAAAAUUCAAAGCCUAGGAUAGCUAGUCUGGCACUGUGGUGCAGUGAGUUAAACGUUAAGCUACCAUCUGCAGCACCAGCAUCCCAUAUGGGCACCGGUUUGUGUUCAAGCUGCUCCAUUCAGCUCCCUGCUGAUGCACCUUGAAAAAUAGCAGAGGAUGGUCCAAGUGGUUGGGGCCUGCACCCACUAAGAGGCCUAGAAGGAGCUCCUGGCUCCUGACUUCAGCCUGGCCCAGCUCUGGCCGUUGGGGCCAUUUGAGGAGUGAACCAGUGGAUUGAAGAUCUCUCUCUGUUCCCCUCAGCCCCGCCACCCCCGUAAUUCUGACUUUAAAUAAAUAAAUCUUUUAAAAAAAAUAAAUAAAGCUUAGGUAGAUAGAAAAAUCUUUAAGAAGUUUUGAGAUUUGUACUAUCCAAUUUCAAGACUUAGAGUAAUCAGAACUGUGCCUUUUUGGCAGAUAGAUAGAUAGAUAGACAGACAGACAGACAGACAUACCAGAGUUAAAGAAUAGAGAAUACAGAAAUAGACCUGGAGGCGGCAGCACGACCGGGAUUGACUCCGGGGGCGCAGCGAGGAGAGACAUGAGGCUCAGCUGGGUCCUGACGGUACUGUCCAUCUGCCUGAGCGCCCUGGCAACGGCCAUGGGGGGAGGCAAGCGGAAGCUGCAGAUCGGGGUCAAGAUGGUGGACCACUGUCCCAUCAGAUCGCGCAAAGGGGACGUGCUGCACAUGCACUACACGGGGAAGCUGGAAGAUGGGACGGAGUUUGACAGCAGCCUGCCCCAGAAGCAGCCCUUCGUCUUCUCCCUGGGCACUGGCCAGGUCAUCAAAGGCUGGGACCAGGGACUGCUGGGGAUGUGUGAGGGGGAAAAGCGGAAGCUGGUGAUCCCGUCGGAGCUGGGGUAUGGCGAGCGGGGCGCUCCUCCCAAGAUCCCAGGUGGUGCAGCCCUGGUGUUCCAGGUGGAGCUGCUCAAGGUCGAGCGCCGGGCGGAGCUGUGGCUGGGCCGGGCAGGGGCGGGGAGGGCCCCCCAGGGACCAGACUGUUCAGAAAAAGAGAAACACCUUCAGAGCCUCAAAAAAAAAAAAGAAAAAGAAAUAGACCUACUUGUGGACAGGGAUUUAGCCUAGCAGUUAAGAUGCUCAAGUCCCAAAGCAGAGUACCUGGGUUCAAUACCUGACUCUAGCUCUGGCUCUUAACUCCAACUUGGUACUAAUGCAGACCCUGGGAGUCAGCAGUGUUGGCUCAAGUGAUUGGAUUCCUGCCACUCAUGUGGGAGACCUAGAUUGAUUUCCUAGAUCCUGUCUUAAGCCCCAGCUGUUGGGGGCAUUUGGGAGGUGAAUCAGCAGAUGGAAGCACACACAUGCUCUCUGCCUAUCAAAUUGUUUUUUUAUAUAUCCUAUAAGAAAGAAAAGGAACUGCUCAAAUACUAAUUCACAACGAAGGUGCCUUUGUAAUUUAAUGGAGAAAGAAACAUCCUUUUAACACAUAAUGUUACAGCAGCCAGUUAUCUAAGUGGAGAAAAUAAACCUUACCCUCAAAUAAAGCAGUAAUUUGAGGUGGCUUAUGGAUGUAAAUCAGUAGUCGAAUUAGAGUAGGGAGAGGACCUAGGAGAAGAGAUGGGGGUUAUGGAAGAAUUUGCUGACUGUUGAGUGCUUGACCCACAGGGUAAGCAGUGGAGGUUCAGUUUGGGUGGAGAAGCACAGCAUGAUGGAGAUGUGAAUACUUAUCAUUAAAGUGUCUUAUGUCUAUAAGACAGGAGGUAAUAUUAGAAUGAGUUCAGCUUCGCACAGAAUUCUAGGAAGCACAACCUGCAACAUUUCCAAAGAUGUGGGAAGUUUUAUUAUGCCCCUACUGGACUGGCUGCAGCUGCUGCCCCUCUGAGCUGCACCUCAGGGGAUUCCAGUGGCUCCCAUUGCCUACCAUAUUGUUCUGUGUUGUGAUACCCAUUUCAAAGAGGGCUGUGAACAAAUAGAAUUCAUUAAAUUAGGAGGAAUCCAAAGGGAGGAGGGAGUGUCUUAAAGACCAUGCAAAGUUAGUGAUUGUUGAAGGAACUGGCAUUAUCUUACCUGGAAAUGAACAUUGCAAAGGGCAUGAUCACGAUCCCCAUAUGCUUUAAGAGUAGAAAGGUAAACUGUUGGGCUAGACUGGUGAAAAUAAGGAAAGUGAUGAGAAAAGAGAGAAACAGGAAAGGGCAGGGCCUUAAAAACCAAGGUAAGUUAUUUGAACUUUUAUGUUGAAUACAGUGGAAGCUAUCAGAGGGUCUUAAGUACUGUACUAAUGUGAUUAUAUUUGUAUUUUGCCAAAGAUUAUACCGACUACCAUCUUAAGUUGGAUUUAGAGAUUGAGGAAGAGGAGCUGUUGAAAUAUAGAGAAGGAGUGGACAUUUAGCAUAGCAGUUAAAUUACCACUUUGGAUGUCUUGGGUUCAAGUCCCUGCUACUCUGCCUUCAGUUCAUCUUCCUGCAAAUGUACACCCUAGGAGACAGCAGAUGAUGGCUCAGAUGUUGAAGUUCUUACCACCCAUGCACGAGAGCCAGAUUGAUUUCUGUGAUGCUGGCAUUUGGGGAUUAAACCAGCAGAUGAAAGAUCUCUUGCCAUCUCUCUCUCUGCCUUUCAAAUGAGAGGAAAAUAAAAAUAAAUAAAUAUAAAACCUACUAGGAUAUAAUAAUAAGUAAGAAGAAAGCACAGUCUAAAAAAUAGAUAAUACAAAAGUACUAUAGCAUUUUAGAGAAAAUUGACAUAACAUAGUAUAUAAGAGAAUGGGAUCCUUUCUGGAGUUCUUGUGUUACCCAGACUUUUUGUAGUGACUUUAGGCAUAAUGGUAGGCCAUGCCUUUGAAGUUGGAAUCCAUUGUCUGUUCCCUUGGAAAUGCUGAAAAAGUUGUUAGUGGACCUGAUUUGGCUUCUUGUGCAGAUACUUAGUUUUAGAAUAAUUGAACCUUACUGUUGAUAUAGAAUACCAUUUCUGCUACAGCUCUGAUAUGGGGCCUUACUGUUCCAUCUGCAUAAUUACUCAGGAAAAUACUAGGUACUUUAGAAAAAUUAUUUAUGGGCCUGUGUUGUAGCACAACAGGUUAAGCUACUACCUGUGAUGCCAAUAUCCCAUAUGCACACCAAUUCGAGUUCUGGCUGCUCCACUUCUAUUCCUGUUGUCCGGGAGAGCAGCAGAAGAUGGCCCAUGUGCUUGUGCCCCUUGCCACUCAUUUGAGAGACCUGGAUUGGAGUUCCAGGUCCUGGCUUCAGCCUGGCGCAGUCUUGGCCAUUGUGAUCAUUUGGAGAGUGAAUUAGCAGAUGGAAGCUCUGUUUCCCCACCCCCCUCACUCUGCCUUUCAAAUAGAUACAUAAAUCUAAAAGAGAAAAAUUAUUAAUAACUAAGGAUAUUAUACUGUAUAGUUUUUACCCCUACAUUGUAAAACUAUUGUUUGAUACACUUUAAUUAAUAUUCAGUAUUAUUAAUUUGUACAAGUAUUACAGGGGUAGGCAGGCAAUAAUUAUCAUCAUUAAAAUGCUAUAUUUAUAUAAUUGAAGGUGAAAAGAUUUAAAUUUUUUAUUAUUCUC